ACAGUUGUCAAAUUCAAAGUAACAAUACAAAUGUGUAAACGACAAGUAACGUCGUGGUCGUAAGUAACCACCCACGCUGCUAGCAUAAAUCACUCUUAAUGACUGUAAGUGGUUUUGCGUGGCUAUGCGACAAAUUACUUGCUAUGUGUCUAUAUCGCAAUACCAAGAUUUACUCGAACAGAAAAUUUUGAACAUAGUAAUCGAUCUAAAGAUGCAUCGGCCAUCGCCUGGACCGGUGAAGGAUGUCCUUGGAUCGCCAUGAGACUUAGCAUUCUAAAGAUCCUGCCUGUUCUCUGUUGCACGCUGCAUUUACACGCCGGACAAUUGAUCCGUGACGCAAGAUGUUUCCUGGAGAACGGUGCCACUGCUGCCCACCUCUUCGUCAGCGAAGAUUUACCAGUCGGUGACACCGUCGGGGUGCUUGGGGUGCUGGGUGAUCCUGGACCUCAGGGUGACAUCGAACUCAGACUUCAGGAACACGAUAGCCCCGUAACCUUCUCAGCGUACUCGAAGAAUCUAACUCUUAUUAGACCACUAGAUAAAGAAGGUGUUGACGGACCUGCCAGCGUUUAUGUGAACGUAAUUUGCGAGCGGAAACAUACCUUAGAUCCUGGCUUCGUGAUACCAGUCAAUAUUCGCGUGACUGAUGCCAAUGAUAAUGCACCUCAAUUUGUAAAUGCGCCUUACGUUCUGAAUAUCUCCGAGGUGACGGUAGUUGGCACAAGGGUACUACAAGGGGUAAGAGCUGUGGAUGCCGACCAACCGGGACCAUUUUCUACUGUGCAAUAUGCUGUUUUACCUGGACCACAUUCGGACUACUUUGUAUUCGUGAAUGCAUUAGAAGGUACCCUGGUUCUAAGGAAACCACUAGAUUACGAAACUCUUGCCAAUUUUUCUGUCGACAUCCGCGCACAAGAUCAAGGUAACCCGCCCAAGUUAUCAACUACGACUCUCUAUGUUAAUGUUAUCGACGCGGAUGAUCAAAAUCCUGCCUUCCAAAGUGACCAAUAUAAAAUACUCAUUCCUCGAAAUAUUAAAACGAGAAGGAUAUUGAAAGUAGAUCCUGCACCGAUAAAGGCGGUAGAUCAAGAUGUAGGUAUUAAUGCUCCAGUUAAGUAUACAAUUCAAGGCGGAAUCCUUCCAUUUCUCACUCUGAAUCUAGAAACAGCUGAAGUCGCUAUAACGCGACCACUGUAUGAACAUGAACUCUUGUCUCCAGCAACAAUUGUCGUCAAAGCCACGCAAAUAGACAAUCCAGAUAAAUAUGCUCUUUCUACUAUAGUUGUUUCUCGGGAAAGUGACUGGAAUGUAGAACCUACGGCUGGUGGAAGAUUGCCAAUAAAAUUCAUACGAAGGGAUCACCAGACUAGCAUUCCAGAAAAUACUCCUCCCGGCAGUGUUCUAUUAACGACAGGCGUAAAUAAAGCAGAUUCGAAUUUAAGGUUCUGGCUCGUAGGAGCAAUAGAAGACCUGGAAAGGUUCUCCAUUACCAAUUCCGGUGAAUUAAUUUUAAAAGGUACUCUGGAUUAUGAAAGGAGGGUCCAACAUAGUUUUUUGGUUCGCGUUACCGAUGGUCAUCAUAAUGAUACUUCUCGCGUGAAUGUUUCCGUUGAAGAUGUAAACGAAUGGGAACCCCGAUUUCGUCAUCCCAGGUAUGAAUUUCACGCUGCAACCUUAAGAGAAGGAUCUAUUGUCGGAAAGUUGGAAGCUGCUGAUGGGGACAGAGAUGAUAAAGUUAGCCUGUCUCUCAGAGGUCCGGAUGCAAGAUCCUUCGAGAUACAUGACAAUGGAGAAUUAAUUCUCAGAUCAGCAGCAACCAUUAAUGGUUCCUUGGCUAGGUUAGUGGCUGUAGCUUCCGAUUCUGGUCGUCCUCCCAGGUCCAGUAUGAUCCCAGUGAUCGUGCACAUACCAAAUAGUGGUUCCUUACCAAUCGCUGCAAGGGCUGCACCUGCCUGGUUAGGUAGCAGUGUUCUUCUGGUUGCUGUUUUCGGCGCUGUUUUAGGUCUCCUUGGAGUUAUAAUACUUGUUUUAAUUUUGUACAUAUAUAAGAAUAAAAGACCAAAGACCAGUGGCUCGGUGAGUUCGGUAGGUACUGGUUAUCGAGAAAAAUCGCCAGUUCCCUCUGCUCUAAGCCCAACUCCUCAAGUACUCGGGGCAAAUAUGCUUCAGGAUGCAUUAGAAGUACCCCGAAGAAGAAACCGAACCGAUGGUGCGCACGGUAUCGUUGAAAAUGACGAAGAGACCGAAGUUGGAGAUGAACUGGGCGAAAACGAUCGUGUUGAGCAAGAAAUUGUUGAUGACAGCAACCAUAGUGAAUCUCAAGAAAUUAGAAAUGACAGCAAUGACAUCGAAAAUCCUGUUUUUGGAGCGGGGAACUACAAUGCCACUAUUAAAAGCAUAACAUCGGCUAGGCAAGUGCCCCUUUAUGCAAGACAUAAAAUAGCUCCAGCUGUAAAUCCUCCAGGUUUGUCAGCAACGUCCAACAUUCCCAACAUCGGCGGUCUAGUUCAAAAUAUGAACGACUUAAGUGCAAAAACUAACAUAAACGCUGGUUCUUGCGAAUCUUCCAAUUAUUCUGGAGAUAUUCCGGAUUCUUUGGUACCUGCAUGGCCCGCUUGCACUGUUUCACAAAGGGUUAAAAAAUUAUCUUGGGACGACGACGAUAGGACAGUGGAUAGUGUGGAAGUGACAGCAGAAACAAUGUCCAGGAACAGCCAGGUCGGCAACGAACGACUUAAUCUUACCGUAUACUUUUAAUUACCCGAAAAAUGGAAGACUGAGACACAAAAUGGUUCCAAUUACUCCAGUGUCUAUCGAUAGAAAAAUUACCGAUAGACUAAACUAAAAAAAUAAUUCCUUUAUAAAUAAGUACUGUUAAAAUAUGCUACAC